AUGCCCCAAAGAAACUUGAGAGACCAAGAAAACCCAACACCCACUCUGAGAAGAUCUCCCCGGUUUACUGUUGCUGCUACUGAGAUUUCUGAUAACGAAGUCCACAAAAAUCAGAUUGAAGUCUCAAAAAGCUCACAAAAAUCCAGUACUAGGCUGCGAAGGUCGCCAAGAUUGAGCAUUGUAAAUCUGCAGAAUAAUGGUGCGGUAAAUAGUAUAGAGAGAAGGGUUACACGUAGUUCUACUCGGGACCCACCUGUCAGUGAAGUACUAGGCUAUGCUUCCGCUGACAAUUCAGUUGAGAAAAGAAAAGGUGAUUUAAAGAAUGGGCCAAAGAUCCCUACACAUGCUCAAGAGACUAGUAAAGAAAGUUUAGCUGGCCCAUCAUCUGAAGUUGCGGUUUGUGGAAAGGAUGAUAAUGGCACGGUAAAGAAAGGCACGGGAUUGAAGAGAAUGAGAACUAACCAAGGAAUGGAGGAGAGCAGUAGUGCUAAUGGGUGGACCAACAAACAGGAGCUGGCAUUGCAAAAUGCUUAUUUCGCGGCAAAGGCAACGCCUAACUUCUGGAAGAAAGUUGCUAAGAUGGUGCCUGGAAAAUCAGCAAAGGAAUGUUUUGACAAGAUACAUUCGGAUUUCAUGACCCCACCUCAGCCUCAACCACGUUCAAGGGUUAAAAAGAUGAACACAUCAUCACUUUCUCCUUGUGCAACUAAACUGCUCCUGUCCACGGGGAAAACCACCAAAAAGCUCAGAUAUAGCAAGCCGAAGAGCCAUCUCUCACGGAAGAAAGUGAGACAACUACUGCAAAAGCAAAACGACGUAGAUCGAGAUAAGGAGGCAGACUUCUUCAAUGUUCUUGAAUCAACAGAUCCAACUGCUAGGGCAUUUUGCCAGAAUACAGAAAUUUUCACCCCAGAGCGCAACGAAGAAGGUUUGCAUUAUCUUAGAAAGUGCCUGGAGAGAUCCUCUUCGGCACAUAAAAAGCACCUUUCCCGAUUAAGUGGUUCAUCAGUAGCAGCUCUUACCAGCCCACCAGUGCUAAAGCCAAUUAAGAACAAGGUGCUACAUGAGAGGUACAUUGAUCAGCUACAUUGCAGGGAAGCAAAGAGAAAAGCAGCCACUUCAAGAUCAGCAAAGGGCCACCAAAAUAAGAAUGAUCACAAGGAUGAGAAUGUCNUCGCCAAAAUAAGAAUGAUCACAAGGAUGAGAAUAUUGUCAGAAAAAUGGAUGUGA